CUCGCGACGAAGCUGGUUGGCGGCGGUGUUUCCUGGUGCCAGAACCGAGGGGCCGAGGCCAUGGGCAGUCAGGAGGUACUGGGCCAAGCGGCCCGGCUAGCCUCCUCGGGGCUCCUCCUACAGUCUCAUUUGAUGCUGUGAUCGGUCCUAUGAGAUGGGAAACCUCACUUGACAGAGCAGGAUAUUGAGACUUAGCACAGUUAGAACCUGAUGGGUGUAAAAGGUAAAUGGUGUUGUUUCGGUUGAUCACCUUUGUCUUGAAUGCCUUUAUUCUUCGCUUCCUGUCCAAGGAAAUCAUUGGCAUAGUAAAUGUAAGGCUAACACUGCUUUACUCGACCACGCUCUUCCUGGCCAGAGAGGCCUUCCGCAGAGCCUGUCUUAGUGGGGGUACCCAGCGAGACUGGAGCCAGACCCUCAACCUCCUGUGGCUAACAGUCCCCCUGGGUGUGUUUUGGUCCUUGUUCCUGGGCUGGGUCUGGUUGCAGUUGCUUGAGGUGCCUGACCCUGAUGUCGUCCCCCACUAUGGAACUGGAGUGGUGCUGUUCGCUCUCUCGGCAGUGGUGGAACUUCUGGGAGAGCCCUUCUGGGUGUUGGCCCAAGCACAUAUGUUUGUUAAGCUCAAGGUGAUUGCUGAGAGCCUGUCUGUAGUCCUCAAGAGCGUGCUGACAGCUUGUCUUGUGCUGUGGUUGCCUCACUGGGGACUGCACAUUUUCUCUUUGGCCCAGCUCUUCUACACUGCAGUUCUGGUGCUCUGCUAUGUUGUUUAUUUCACAAAGUUACUGCUUUCCCCAGGAUCCACCAAGCCACAGAUUCUUCCUGUCUCCAGAAUAACGGAUCUGUUGCCCAGCCUUACCAAAACUGGAGCUUUUGUAAAUUGGAAAGAGGCUAAACUGACCUGGAGUUUUUUCAAGCAGUCCUUCUUGAAACAGAUUUUGACUGAAGGUGAGCGAUAUGUGAUGACAUUUUUGAACGUAUUAAAUUUUGGCGAUCAGGGUGUCUACGAUAUAGUGAAUAAUCUUGGGUCCCUUGUGGCCAGAUUAAUUUUCCAGCCAAUAGAGGAGAGUUUUUAUAUAUUUUUUGCUAAGGUGCUGGAGAGGGGAAAGGAUGCCACACUUCAGAAGCAGGAGGACAUUGCCGUGGCCGCCGUGGUUUUAGAGUCCCUGCUCAAGCUGGCCCUGCUGACCGGCCUGACCAUCACUGUUUUUGGCUUUGCAUAUUCUCAGCUGGCUCUGGAUAUCUACGGAGGGGCCAUGCUUAGCUCAGGAUCAGGUCCUGUUUUGCUGCGCUCCUAUUGUCUCUAUGUCCUCCUGCUCGCCAUCAAUGGAGUGACUGAGUGCUUCACGUUUGCAGCCAUGAGCAAAGAGGAGGUGGACAGGUACAAUUUCACAAUGCUGGCCCUGUCCUGCUCAUUCCUGGUGCUGUCUUACCUUCUGACCAGCUGGUUUGGUAGCGUGGGCUUCAUCUUGGCCAACUGUUUCAACAUGGGUAUCCGGAUCACACAGAGCCUUUGUUUCAUCCACCGCUACUACCAAAGGAGCCCGCACAGGCCCCUGGCUGGCCUGCGCCUGUCACCACUCCUCCUUGGGGCCUUUGCCCUCAGUGGGGGGAUUACGAGCAUGUCAGAGGUGUUCCUGUGCUGUGAGCAGGGCUGGCUGGCCAGGCUGGCACACGUUGCCGUGGGCGCCCUCUGUUUGGCCGUGACUCUUGGGACAGCAUUCCUCACAGAGACAAGACUGAUCCACUUUCUUAGAACUCAGUUAGGCCUGUCCAGACUCGCUGACAAAUGGACUUGACCCCUGGGUUGCUUGGUCACCUGUGGCCCCGGAGCCAGCUGUGGGACAGUCCUGCGGGCAGAGCCCGUCUGGUGAGCAGAAGCCCGCUGUUGGUCUGUAGCGGAAGUCAGAGUCGCCCGGGUGGCGAGACAUGUGAGAGCCACUGGUGGCCACCACGGUCCCUCCAGACUGACACGCAGGUGAGGGGUCUCAGUUUUAAGUGAAAACCUUUUAAACUAGAUGCUUUUUCCGUGAUCUUGUUCUAAUCAGCAUUUUUCUUCUGUAGUAA